AUGGCAAAGAAGUCGGAUAAUACCGGCGGCAAGCUGGUCACGGUGUCCGUUGUGGGACUGUCUGGUACAGAGAAGGAGAAAGGCCAGCUGGGCAUCGGGAAGUCGUGCCUUUGCAACAGAUUCGUCCGGACACACGCGGAUGACUAUAAUGUUGAUCACAUAUCCGUUUUAAGUCAGUCUGACUUCAGCGGUCGUGUGGUCAACAACGACCACUUCUUAUACUGGGGCAGCGUGCAAAAGGAGAAUGAUGAACAGGAGUAUAGGUUCGAGAUCAUUGAGCAGACUGAAUUCGUGGACGACGCUUGUUUUCAGCCGUUUAAAGUUGGCAAGACUGAAACGUACGUGAAACGUUGUGUAGCUACCAAGAUGCAGUCUGCUGAAAAGCUCAUGUACGUCUGCAAGAACCAGUUAGGAAUAGAAAAGGAAUAUGAACAGCGUUUGAUGCCUGAUGGGAAGCUGUCAGUCGAUGGGUUCCUGUGUGUGUAUGAUGUUAGUAUGGUGCCAGGCAGGACUUGGGAAAAGCAGAACGAAACUCUAGCAGCAAUUCUUCAGAACAUCCUCAAGCUUAAGAAACCGGUAGUUCUCGUCACAUCCAAAAAUGACGAGGCUUGCGAGCAAGGAAUCCGUGAAGCUGAGAGGCUGGUACAACGCAAGGAGUUCAAAGGUGCCAUUCCCAUCGUGGAGACAUCUAGUCACGACAAUGUUAAUGUGGACCAAGCUUUCUUCCUGCUGGCACAGAUGGUGGACAAAUCGAAAGCGAGGAUAAAGGUAGCGAAUUAUGCGGAGGCUCUGCGGAUAAGGAGAGAGACACUGGACUUUGUUACCGAAGCAUUCACGCAACUCAUAAGGAUACAUGUCCAGGAUCACAAAGAGAUGUGGUCGGCAGCCAGCAAGAGAUUGUGCCAUUAUCCAGAAUGGGUCAAGUUUGUACACCAAUUCGGGAAUGAUGGCACGCAGGUUGUGUACCGGCGGCAUAUAAGGAGAUUGAAAGAAGAACGAUCUGCAAAGAAGCUUCGUAAACAGCUCGCGAAACUACCUCAAGUGCUGUCCAGAAUGCAACUGCCUACAGAAGAACUACAAGAGAAUGAUUGGCCAAUGGUUGUGAGACAGCUGCGAUCUCAUCGCGACUUCUCAGUUUACUUCAGCGAGGGUCGAGUCCAGGACUCCUGCUCCGAAUCAGGUUCAGAAUUGGACAGCCCGCUGGGAACUGACACUACGUUGAGGGUUGGGGAGCGCGCGAUUAGAUAUCAGACUUUGGGACAAUCACAAAAGAUACCAUACGAAAUUCUCGAGACGAACGAAGCAGCCGGCGUUUUCAAAACGUAUUUACAAGAUGCGCAAGAAGAGCAGAGAAAUUACGAAUGGUGCCAGCAAUUCAAGCGUCUUCUAGAGGAGACAGGAUACGUGACGCCUGGGAAGCAGUUGUCAGAAGUUCGCGUGCUGCUGAUGGGGCGUGAAUGUUACGAGGCACUCACGGAUGAACAGCAACAGCGGGUGUACGACCAGCACCAGAGGCAGAUACAGCGGAGGGCGAAGCAUAACUUGCAGGAGCUAUUGUUGGAGAAUGCAAAUUUGUUCUAUCACUUCAAAAGUAUAUCGCCAACGGGAACAAUUACGCAGGAGGACAUCAAGGAGAUUACAGAUGUGUUGCAGGAUGAUUUCAGAUACAAGAUGCUGGAUCGCAUGGAGCAGGAUCGCAAGCUGAUGCUAUUCCAGCAUCUGGGCUUCGUUCACUGUCCGAUGCGAGAGCACUGCCCGGCCGGUGCAAGGUGUCUGGACGCCGCUCUGCCACUCAUACUCAACACCAGGGUGGGAUCCUUAACGUCUACUGGUGAAUCUCAGUGUCACGCGGGCCCGCCCGCAGCGCCCUGGGCACUCACUACGGACUCCAAUGAAAUCAACGUUAUCAUAUUGGGCGCGGAAGGUGUAGCGGGUGAGUUCGGUAAGCGGCUGGUGGCGGGCUGCGACAGCGAGCGGCGAGUGGUGGUGGCCGGACAGCCGUGGCUGGUGCACCAGCGUCUGCGCACCGACGACUUCUCAGACUCCACGCCCAUCGACGACUUCGCGUCCAAUGGUUACUUCUGCGUGUACCAAGAUCAGGAAUCAUUCGAAUACAUUCGGGGAUGUACGGAGAAGACUUUGCUGACCAGUCUCGAACAGGAAGAUAAGCAACCAUUUCAGGGUUUACCAUUGGUUGUGAUGUUCGUUCAAGAAGAGGGCAUGGACAAGAAAGAGUUAACACGAUUGCAGGAGGAGGGGCAGAAUCUCGCUGAUAAUCUGCAUUGCUCAUAUAUGGAAGCGUCGGUUAGUGAGUUGGGAACUGAGGCGUUGACAUCUGAUGCAAUUCAUGAACUGAUCAGAGCGAACAGGGAGAAGGCCAGCUAUGCACAUCUCUAUAAAGACCUCAUAGUCUGUUUCGAUUCCGAUAUAAGAAUAAUGGUGUGUAUGUUCUGCGAUGAUCCGUACUCCCCGGAGCGCGUCCUGAGCCCGCUUCUGUCGCAUCGGGCUUGUUUCCUCACCGGGGACAGGUCCAUCGUCAUAGAGACCUUCCUCGGGGACUCCAAACGGAAGGUCGAGGUUAUAAUAUCGAGUUUCCAUGGCGCCUCACAAUUCAGGGAAGAAUUGAUCCACGGCUUCAUAUUGAUUUACUCUGCCAAGAGGAAAGCUAGUUUAGCCACAUUGAAUGCAUUCUCUAUGAACAUACCAAAUCUGCCUAUACAAAUGGUAGCGGUGACAGAUGGCGGUGGUUCUGCCGCGACGGCCUUUUUUGCCACCGACGUUGGUCAAGUUCUGAUCACUGAAGGAAACGCAACAGCCGACCGACUCGGCGCACACUUCACCACAUAUACCUCGACUGCUGAGAGCAAAUCGGCGUUCUACACGCCGUUCUUCAAAGAAGUGUGGGAGCGUAAGGGAGAGAUCGAGCGAGCGUUCCGGCUGGAGGCGCCCCACAACCUCCCUGACGUGGCCGCUGCUAGGCCUGCGCCGCCACCCAGGAAUCACUCCUACCAUCUUAACCAUAAAAUGGAGCACAAAUUGACCAACUCAUUGGAUUUGCUGAUCGGGCCGGACUCGCGGGCGGACAUCGACUCAGAGUACAGUGAUACUAUGAACAACAAGAAUAGAGGAUUUCUGAAAGGUUUUAGCGUGUAUCCACCACCAAGUACGCCUCCGGAACCAGCGCCACCAGACCAUAGAAUGCACGCAGAUUUAUCACCCGAUCUCAACUGCUCGGAGGAUUCACUCAGCACACACGAGUCAGAUGGCGGCGGUCUGUGGCAGCCGAGUGGGUACGGACACCGGGCGUUCACAAUGGGGCCCACCAAGCCCCACCCACCGCCACCCCGGGUCCGACACUCGCAGACGCUCAAGCAACCUGGCAAAUUAGAUAUGAAUAAUUAUACGAUGGUGAGCGAUGCUCUCCAGCAUAUCACCAUAGGACCACCGCACUCAAGAGACAGAAAGUCGCAAAGAUCCGGCUGGUCACACACGAGCGGACAGCCCGGUGGUCAUCAUCACCAUCCAUCUGGAGUCAGUUCGGAGACCGAACUUGAUGCGCAAUAUGCACAGAUAAAGGAAACAAACGAAUAUAUGGAAGCGCCAUCUAUGAUGCGGUUACGGAGACAUCGGCGGCACGAGAAGACACCAUUACACCAACCAUCUCUAUCGGAAACUGACAGUUCGGGGUCAAGCGAAGCAUCAGGCGGGCCGCGACUGCAACCGCGGCGCCGUCACCACCCGCACCACGCGCCCAGACACUACAAGAAGCGGUCAUUAGGAAACCUAGUAGCCGUGCAGAGUCCAAGAGUGCCCAAGUUGGGCAUGUUCGUUGGUCCGCCUGAGUUACCGACUGGAUAUAGAGCGAGAACGCAGGAGGAUAAAGCAGGCAGUGAAUCAAGCGAGGGAAGUUCUGACGGUGAAACGCGGAGGACCAGGCCUUUGCCUCCGCCGCCUCAACACGAGCCGAUCCUCAAGUUGCCGGGCGUGGUCCCCGGGGCGGGCGCGGAGUACCCUUCGCCUGCUCAAGACAACUCGUCGUCGAGUGCCACCGAUUCGAGGCGACGACAUCACCCCUUCUCCAAGCACGACCGCAGGCAUAAGGAGUUUUCAAAGAGCAAAGAUUCGAAGAAGAAUUCAUCCCAAGUAACCACAGCACCCUCUAUACAAAAUUGGGGUCCACAGGGAUCACACGGCGUGCCUCUGUUCGUGGAGAAGUGUGUGAAAUUUAUAGAACGGGAGGGUUUAGCGUCCGAAGGCUUGUAUAGAGUGCCCGGCAACCGGGCGCAUGUAGAGAUGCUUUUCAACAAGUUUUAUGAAGAUCCUAAUAUAGAUUUAGAGGCGCUAGAUAUACCAGUGAAUGCCGUGGCAACAGCACUCAAGGAUUUCUUCUCAAAGAAACUACCUCCACUACUCGACGAGGAGAGUAUGGCGCAGCUAGAGGACAUUGCAGCGAUGCGCGGGUGUAUCGCCGGCGGCGUGGAGCUGAAGGACCGCAGCUGGCGUCUGCUGGCGCUGCGGUCGCUGCUCAACUCCGCGCUCACCGCCGUCGCACGCGCCACCCUCGACUUCCUGCUCAACCACUUCGCCAGAGUUGCGGAUAACUCUAAAUUGAACUCGAUGGACAGCAAGAAUCUAGCGAUAUGCUGGUGGCCGACGUUGCUCCCCGUGCAGUUCUCGGAUAUGGGCCGCUUUGAGAUGACACGGCCGUACCUCGAGGACAUCGUGCAGACCAUGAUCGAUCAGCACCCGUUCCUAUUUCGAGGGCAAGAGGCUUUUGUUAUGGUGUGAGGACAGUGUGAACCCACAAUGCAGGUUGCAUUCGUGAUGGACGACGUGUGACGUCAGCGCCCUGUGACGUCACCGCAACGUACAAAUCCGCUGAUAUCAUAACGGAUACCAGUGUGUUUGUCUAACGGUCGCGUAAACGAGUUCGUCGGUUAUGGGCGUUUUGUUUUUGCAUUGCUCACUUUCGGCGUUUAUGUGAUUAUGAACACGCAUUAGUGCGUUUAGUUAUUUGGAAUGUUCAAACGGUGCGUGCGUUAAUAGGACUUCCAAAUUAAAUUCGUGUUUUAAGUGAAAAAAGAUUAUAUUUUUUAAAAGAAGGCAAAAUUGGCGAGUUCCAUUUUACCACGAUUGGUAGAUAAUUUUCUGCGUGUCCAUAAUCAGAUAUUGUGUUAGUUACAACAAAACAAUUUGAUAAAAUGUAGUCGUUUAUUUAUUUACAUGUAUUUGAUAUUACACGUACGCUUGCACCAUCACAAUUCCGCUUCAAAAGACGGACAACUAUACAUUUUUUAUGCCAACUAUCCAGAUAAGGGAGAUCAGUAUUUUAAAAUUAGUAAUAAUAUAUUAUCUGCAUCGUAAAUAGUUUUAAGAGAAAUUCGUGCACAAAAGUAUUUAACGGAUUAAAUAAAGUGUUUUUUAAAUUAAGUAUUAUUGGUAGUAAUAUUAACGUUGAUAUUCAAAAUGGAUGGCAACACCACGUAACGCACAUUCCGUUCAGUCGAUAUGUAACUAAUUAAUUGUUAAUUAUUAUUAAUAAUUAUACAUAUGUGGUAGACAUUAUUUUGACGUUUUUAACGUUGGAAGCCGCUAGUGUGUUUGGCAUUAUUUUUUGUGCGAGCGAGACAUAAUUUUCGUGGUUAUUUUACUAUUGGUGGCUUAAAUGUUGUGUGAUAGGGUAUACGAUAUAGUCAUACUGUAACGUCAAAAAGCGUCGAUAUGAAAUGUUUUGUAAUAUUUGAGACUUGUAUUUACAAUUACAUCACAAAGUUGGGUUUCCGAAACGGUCUAGCAGACCCACAUGUGGGUUGAAGUUUAUGGGAUAUCAAGGAAUGGGAGGAUUAAUGAAGGAAUGGUAAAAUGCGCGAAAUGGGAGUCAAAUUGAAUUUAGUGUAAGUUGGUUUUGUAUAUAUAUAACUAAUGAGGAAAUAAUAUUGUUAGAUAGGAAUUCUUUCGAAUAAGAAUAUGGUUUGAACAAUUUUAUUAGAAGAGAUACAAAGUCGAAGUCAAAAUCAUUUAUUUAUAUAGCACUUUUUU